CCGAGCGCGCGGCCGGAGCUGCAGCGGCGGCGGCAACAUCAUGGCCCCGACCCUACUCCAGAAGCUCUUCAACAAAAGGGGCAGCGGCGGCAGCACAGCGUCGGCGUCCGCCCCGGGCAGGGCUCCCAAGGAAGGACCCGCCUUUAGUUGGUCAUGUUCAGAGUUUGACUUGAGUGACAUUCGCCUGAUAGUUUACCAGGACUGUGAGAGGAGAGGCAGACAAGUGUUGUUUGAUUCUAAAGCUGUUCAAAAGAUUGAAGAGAUGGCAACUCAGAAAACAGAGGAUGUCCCUGUGAAAACGUCAGCCAAGUGCUGCCAAGGAAGUAGCAGCAGCAGCAGCAGCAGCAGCAGCAGCAUCUCUUCCCAUAGUUCUUCUGGAGGAUCUUUACAACACACCAAGGAGCAGCUUCCAAAGUACCAGUACACAAGACCAGCUUCUGAUGUCAACAUGCUAGGGGAAAUGAUGUUUGGCUCAGUCGCAAUGAGUUAUAAAGGCUCCACCUUAAAGAUACACUAUAUACGUUCUCCUCCGCAACUGAUGAUUAGUAAAGUUUUCUCUGCUAGAAUGGGCAGCUUCUGUGGAAGUACAAAUAACUUGCAAGACAGCUUUGAGUACAUCAACCAAGAUCCUCAUGCAGGAAAACCGAACACGAAUCAGCAUACUUUGGGUCCUGGUCGUGCCGGAAGUAACCUAGGUCUGCUGCAAGCAUGCAGCAGCAAACUGCUGCAGGGGGCAGCUGAAGGAGGACCUCUCCGGCUCACCCGGAGUGCUUCUUUCUUUGCAGCACACAGCACCCCAGUUGAUAUGCCAAGCAGAGGACAGAAUGAAGACAGGGACAGUGGCAUUGCUCGAUCAGCCUCACUAAGCAGCCUUUUGAUCACACCUUUCCCAUCGCCAAGCUCCUCUACAUCUUCUUCCAGCAGUUAUCAGCGCCGUUGGCUUCGAAGUCAGACGACAAGUUUAGAGAAUGGCAUCUUUCCAAGGAGGUCCACUGAUGAGACAUUUAGCUUGGCUGAAGAAACCUGUAGUUCUAAUCCAGCCAUAGUUAGGAGGAAGAAAAUUGCCAUAAGCAUCAUCUUUUCCCUGUGUGAGAAAGAAGAAGCUCAACGGAAUUUCCAGGACUUCUUUUUUUCUCAUUUCCCCCUCUUUGAAUCUCACAUGAACAGGCUAAAGAGUGCAAUUGAAAAGGCCAUGAUCUCCUGUAGGAAGAUUGCAGAGUCAAGCCUCCGUGUCCAGUUUUACAUCAGCCGUCUGAUGGAAGCUCUGGGAGAAUUCAGAGGGACUAUCUGGAAUUUAUAUUCUGUUCCAAGGAUAGCUGAACCAGUAUGGCUUACUAUGAUGUCAAACACUUUGGAAAAAAACCAGCUCUGCCAGCGCUUUCUCAAGGAGUUUACACUUCUGAUAGAACAAAUCAACAAAAAUCAGUUUUUUGCUGCCUUACUGACUGCAGUGUUAACCUACCACCUGGCUUGGGUACCAACUGUCAUGCCUGUUGAUCACCCUCCCAUUAAGGCCUUCUCAGAGAAACGUACCUCUCAAUCAGUGAACAUGCUGGCCAAAACACAUCCGUACAAUCCUCUCUGGGCACAGCUGGGUGACCUUUAUGGAGCUAUAGGCUCUCCAGUAAGACUGACUCGCACCGUGGUGGUGGGGAAGCAGAAGGAUUUGGUCCAGCGCAUUCUUUAUGUCCUGACCUACUUUCUCCGUUGCUCUGAGCUACAAGAGAACCAGCUGACCUGGAGUGGGAAUCACAGUGAAGGUGACCAAGUUAUAAAUGGGAGCAAGAUUGUAACAGCCUUGGAGAAAGGAGAGGUGGAGGAGUCCGAGUAUGUGGUAGUGACAGUGAGAAAUGAGCCUGCUCUGGUACCCCCCAUCCUACCAACAGCAAUGACUGAGAGAAGGAGCCCCGGGCCCACAGGGUUAGCUGGGACUCCAGAGGGCACUGACAUUAGAGACCUGGAUCCCAGACCUGAGAAAGAAGGAAAGAAGAGGCCAGACCAGGGAUCCGAGGCUCAUAGCAUGGGAUUCCAAGAGCCAGAAUUAGACAGUUCUUGGAAACCUCAUCCCCUUUGUGGGGAUGAAGGAAGUGAAAAAGAGGCACCAUAUGAUGUCCCUUUGAGGUUUCCCAGGUGUGCCAUUCCGGGGGCAGAAAAGAAGAUCAGCCGGCCAGCUGCCAACGAGGAGCUGAAAGAGGAGAUAACUAAGAAGCUACCUGAGCGGUCAGCAGCCUGGCCUUGCCCUUGUCCUGACAGACAUUCCCGAGAGAACUCUCCAGUAGAAAAGGUCACUUUCCAAAUUGGAAGCUCCCUAUCUCCAGAAUCUGACCUUGAAAGCCGCACCAAAAAAAUGGAGGAGCGACUGAAGGCCUGUGGACAAUACCCAGAAGUGGCCAGUAUCUCAGCUGAGUCCAGUGUGGCUGCUGACGUGGCUGAGAGCCAGCAGGUUUCUAGGUGCUCCUUCAAGCCUGGCUUUCAAAAGAAUGUCUGCUGUCCUCAGAAUCGAUCUUCUGACGGAGAGGAAGGUGAAUCUGACAGAGGUUUUGCUGAGGACAGAGGUAUCAGACCUGACGUGGCAGCAGAUGCUGGGCAGCUCAGCCAAGCUGUCCCCACUGACAGUGCGGCGGGAACUGGAAGGAGAACACUGGAGACAGCUAGAGGUUUGUAUUUGAAAGAUGUGGAAGGACCUUCAUUAGAGCCUGCCCCCGACAGGUGUGUCCAGCAGGACUCUGGCCUCUUGGUUGCUGCAGAUGUCCCCUGUGGGGAUGCCGAUAGGAAAGCUGACUUCAGGAUCGAAGGAGACAUUCCCAGAAAUGAAAGCUCGGACAGUGCCCUUGGAGACAGUGACGAUGAAGCAUGUGCUUCAGCCACAUUGGAUCUAGAUCACAGUGGUGACAGGACUGAAGGGACCUUAGAAGUGGAGCUGCCUCUGCCAAGGUCUCAAAGCAUCAGCAACCCAAAUGUAAGAAACUUUGGCCGCUCUCUCCUGGCGGGUUACUGCCCCUCAUACAUGCCUGAUCUGGUGCUUCAUGGGACCAGCAGUGAUGAGAAGCUGAAGCAGUGCCUGGUGGCUGAUCUUAUCCAUACAGUGCAUCAUCCAGUGCUCGAUGAGCCAAUAGCUGAAGCUGUCUGUAUCAUCGCAGACACAGACAAGUGGAGUGUCCAGGUGGCCACAAGUCAGAGGAAAGUGAUGGAUAACAUGAAGCUGGGCCAGGAUGUCUUGGUCUCUAGUCAGGUGUCCAGUUUACUUCAGUCUAUCUUACAGCUUUACAAGCUUCACCUCCCUGCUGAUUUUUGCAUCAUGCAUCUUGAGGACAGACUGCAGGAGAUGUACCUUAAAAGCAAAAUGCUGUCUGAGUAUCUUCGGGGACAUACCCGAGUCCACGUGAAGGAAUUAGGUGUUGUGCUGGGGAUUGAAUCUAACGACCUGCCGCUGCUGACUGCUGUUGCCAGUACUCAUUCUCCUUACGUGGCUCAAAUACUCCUAUAAGCUGAAGCUCAGGACAGUUCUUCCUUGGAAUAAGAAAAACAAAUUCUCAACUGAAGAAGAGAGGAAUAAGCUCUCUGGGACAUCCAAAGCAUGAGAAGAGCAAACAAAUAGUCAUUCCACCGUUUGUUUUGCAUUGUUACUUUUGAGUGGAUGCUUCAUUGGAAGAGAAGACAGGUUUACUCUAAAUACUGGCAUUUGUGAUUUUCAGGAACACUUUAGGCCUUUGUUACCCAUGAAUCAAUCAGGGGAGAGAGUGGCCUUUCUGGUGGGGGAAAACGUAAGCACUACACUGAACACUCAGCAUUUGGUACUGAUUGCCUUGUGCUGUCGGGCAGAAUAAUGAUGGGUGACUUUGGAACAGGGAGGUAACCAGUGUAUGUAACAUUCCAGUAGGAAAUGUUUCAGAGUUUAAGUCUAAGCACUGCAAGCUGUAGAGAGCAGAGUACACUAGGCUAAAGUCAGAACAAGGACUUUGAAUUCCAGGUCAGAGUUUGCUUUUUAGAAAAGAAAAGUGAAAURAAGAAAGCCAUCUUUGGCUGUAGCAGCUGUUUGCCAUAAGAUGUGAAAGAAAACUGCCUAUUGGGAAGAGAGAGAGUGCUUUGGGGACCCUCUGUUCUCAUUUCUCCUCAGAGUUUACCUUGUUUCAGAUGCAGCCACAGGUAGGUUAGAGAUGGAUUGCUGGUGCAAUACACCCAAGAGUCAAUGUAGCAUCCUGAUCCCAUCAAGAUGUAGUUUGUAGCAGCAAAGCAUAGUCUGACGCCAUAUGUUUUAUCAUUAUGAUUGAGAGUUCUCAGCAGCCUUUUCAAGAGAGGCCAUUUACCAAAGUUAUUUCUAUAAGCUCAAGAGUGUUUCUGUGGGUGAAUUCUUCCAGCCAGAGCCACUUUCUUCCUAGAAUAGUUUAUACAAAUGACUAUUUAUACUUUUAAAGACACUGCUUUCCCCAUGAGAAAUGAAACCUGCAAUAAUUCAGGAUGGUCAGUGAAAGCAAUUAGUUUGAACAUUAAGAAAAAGGUUCAUACAUGGCCUAAAUUUUUACAUUAUCAUCUCUGCACCUCUUAAUCCCUAUGUCUUUUCAAAACAUCUUCCCAGAAAUUGACUUGACCAUUUUAUAAAACCUACCAAAGUAAAGAAUUAGUAGUCCAAUUCACUUAAAAACAACUUCAAUUGUCUGUUAAUAUUAAAGAAACUUAGUUUACUGACCAUGAAACAGUCUAAGUCCCGACAUCCAGGAUAAAGUAAAACACUUCAAAAAUUUWAAAAAUGAUGGUCAAAAGACAGGAGCUAAUGUAAUAAGGCAAAACAUUGUUAGCAUUUUAGCCCUUUCUGUGAAUCUUCUGUUCCUAAGAAUAUGAGGUUUCCUCUUUUUUAUGGGUUGGAAUUAAUUCACAUUUUAUGUUUGAUAAAAUCCUGACCCUAUCCAUAAGUUCGUCUCUCAUUAUUGUCUAAUUAUUUGAGAGCRUCUACAGCUGUACCAAUGGAGGUGAAUGGCUGUACUGUUUGUUUAUUAGGAAUAGGUCAGAACUGCUACCUUCCUCUUUCUCCUUUGUGCUGUGAAAGUAGAUGGGUGCUUCAAGGUUCUGGAGAUCUUUAAUUUGCAUUUUAUGUCUUGGUUUCGCAAAAUUGAAGUUUUCCAUUUCCUUUUGCCUAACAUUGGAGUUUGGUGUUUUCAAUUCUCUGGUUCCGUGACAUCAUUGUUUGCUGUUUCGUUACGAAAGGAAAAUGAACCCCACCUAUAGCUCAGCCCACUCGCACUUGAUUUUCCUUGCAUGUGAAUAAAUUGUCAAAGCUGUCAUUACAGCUCUUCCGUCUGCACCAGCUUAAAGCAUUCCCCUCUGGUUCCCUUCUCCUUGUUUACAUGUUGUGGGCACCUUGCCUCAGUCACCACCUUCCAGGGUUUCAUAGAAAAUAACCUGAUUCAAAAUCAGUUCAGUUCUGAUGUGGGCAUUGUGGCGUGCUGAAAAUCAGAUCCUUACGGGGAAAAUUGAGCUUUAAGUGACUGAUUCUCAAUCCCAUACAUAAAAAAUUUAACCCAGCUCCUCAAUGCCUGCGAAAAUUUAAUUUGCCUCUUGAUCUAAUAUUCCAAAACUCACUCUUAGGAAAACACCUAUUGGGAAGCUACAAGUGGGUCACAGGUCGGGGUCGUCUCGGUGACACUCAGGAUUCCUGUCAGAGCUGAAUCCUCAUAUCUAUCGCCUACAAAAACACACCAAGAAUGUUGCUGCUCUUUUUUUAAAGCCUCCUUUAAUAUUUAACAUGCAAGUCUUUGUCUUAAAUUCAACCUC